CAAUUUGAAAGGGACGCCACUCUGUCUAAACAAGAAAUGAGGCAAUUUGUAAAUCAAUAGGAGCUAGCUACAGGUUAGAGCGUGUGGCCAUUUAGACAGAGUGUUGCUUGAGGCACGAUCUUUCAUACUACAAUUACCUACGUGGAUUUGCGCUCAUGGAUGUUUUUGAACCAUCUCUGAGACACAGAAAAAUUCCCUCGAACAGAGCUCUUCCGGAUUUGGCGACAAGUAAUUCUAACUGCAAGGCGAACCAGUUAUUAGAAUCUAACAAAACGGAAUGUUUCGGUGCUACAAAUUUAGAUGCUGGAGCAAAUCGGCCCUUAAGUAGUUCGACCACUUUGACAGUCACCAACACAGAGAAGAAAUCAUGCUCGUCAAGCUUUUACGAUAUCAUUAAGGCUAUGAACAGCUUCACACGAAUCGGCGAUGAAAGUGGAGAUUCGAACCCUAAUAAAGGUGAUGCAGAAAAGAGCGACAGCAAAACCGAAGCGCAAUCUGGUAAAGAAUUCAGUUCAAUUGAAGAAAUAUCAACUCACUAUAAAACCAAAAGCAUGGAGAGGGACAAAGACUGCAUCUCUAAUCAAGUAAACAGUCAAAAUGCAACAAACAUCCAGACACCAAGAGCUUAUUACCCAAGUUUGCUUGUAUUUUCAGUAACAUCUUUACUCUUGAGAUUACACAACAUUGAGACACCUGCGCAUAUUUGCUGGGAUGAAACACAUUUUGGCAAGAUGGGAAGCUGGUAUAUCAACAGAACAUUUUUCUUUGAUGUUCACCCACCUCUUGGAAAGAUGCUGAUUGGCCUGGCUGGCUACUUGACAGGGUAUGAUGGAUCUUUUUCAUUUGCUAAGCCUGGAGAUGAAUAUGGUGAUACCCCAUAUAUGGGUAUGAGAGUGUUUUGUGCCAUUCUUGGAGCAGCCUUAGUGCCAAUGACAUUUCAAAUAAUCUGGCAGUUUACUAGCUCCAUUCUACCUGCUAUUUUUGCAGCUUCUUUUGUUCUCUUUGAUGUUGGCACAAACACAUUAUCCCGGUACAUCCUCUUGGAUCCCAUCUUGAUGUUCUUUAUCCUGGCUGCCACUUACUGUAAACUCAGGGUUUUGAAUCUCAGAAAAUGUCCCUUUUCAUUCAGUUGGUGGUUCUGGUUGACUGCUACUGGUGUCAGUUUAGCGGGAGCUAUGGGGGUGAAGUUUGUUGGUCUCUUUGUGGUCCUGCUGGUCGGUGUGUUGACUGCCAGGGAUCUUAACAUGCUUCUGUCAGAUCUCACUCUGGCAAUGAAUCAUCUGAUAAAGCACCUGAUUGCACGCAUUAUCUGCCUGAUUACAGUGCCCUUCAUUUGUUAUCUCCUGUUCUUCCAUAUCCACUUUAAAGUGCUCAAUCACAGUGGAAGUGGCGAUGGAUUUUUCAGUUCUGCAUUUCAGUCCCAACUUAUUGGCAACAAACUUUAUAAUGUCAGCAUGCCUGAGAAUGUUGCAUUUGGCAGUAUUAUUACGCUUAAGCAGAGACGGAUAGGAGGGGCUUACUUACACUCACAUCCACAUCUUUAUCCAGAGGAUCACCCUCCUAGACAGCAGCAGGUUACUACCUACAGUCACAAAGAUGAUAAUAACUUGUGGAAGGUAAAGCCAGCUGACCAGGAUGUUGACAGCUCUGAGACAGUCACUUUGUUGAAGAGUGGAGACCUUGUGCGUUUGGAGCAUGUCAUGACACAGAGAAAUCUCCACAGUCACCGGGAGCCAGCACCUCUUAGCAAAAGGCAUUACCAAGUGUCAGGAUAUGGGGUGAAAGGAACAGGUGAUGCCAAUGAUAUUUGGUUGGUAGAAGUAGCUGGAGCAACUCCUGGUUCUCUGGUACAAACAGUGCGCUCAAGGAUACGUUUUGUUCAUUACUAUGUGCGAUGUGCUCUUUUCUCUCAUGAAAAGAAGCUGCCAAAAUGGGGCUGGGAACAACUAGAGGCAACUUGCACUACAAACAUUCGUGAUCCUCGUGCACAGUGGAGUGUAGAAGAAGUUCAUGACAACAGACUACCAAAUGUCAGCUUUGACCUCUAUUCACCAUCAUUUUUAGAGAAAUUCCUGGAGAGCCAUGCUGUAAUGUCUCAGGGUAAUAGUGGACUGAAACCAAAAGAAGGUGAAAUCACAUCUAGACCAUGGCAGUGGCCCAUCAACUACCGUGGCCAGAUAUUUUCAGGCAAAGAGCAUCGCAUUUAUCUGCUGGGUAACCCUGUGCUGUUUUGGUCUGCCCUGGUUCUGAAAGCAUUGUUUUUUGUCUGCUACCUGAUUCAUACAAUCAGGAAAAAACGGGGAAGUAAAAUUGAUCCGACACUUUUGGAGUACAACGAUAGAAUGUUCAGAACAGCAUGGUGGCUUCUUCUAGCUUGGGGACUGCAUUACCUGCCUUUUUGGUUUAUGUCUCGUGUGCUCUACUUUCACCAUUAUUUUCCUGCCUUUCUCUUCAGCGCUAUGUUUUGUGGUGUAAUGCUUGACUAUGUGGUGAGGCAAGUUUGCCUGUUGGUACCAGAUGGCCUUCAUGUGCCUUUUCUAUACUCGUGCAUGAUCAGCUUCAUGGGACUGAUCGUGUACAGCUUCUAUCUGUUCCAUCCUCUGGCAUAUGGAAUGCAAGGGAACCCACCCAGCGCAGAAGGAGGAAUGAUGGAAGGUCUUCAUUGGCUAGAAUCAUGGGAUUUUUAAAUUGUUGCCUCCUCCUUUUAAAUGACACAAAAUCUUGCAAGUAAAGCUGUUGUUCAUAAGAAGCGCUAUAAUGAUGCUUUUCAUUCAGCAAAUUGAUGGAAGUAUACUGAGAAAAAAUAUGUAUCUUUGUUUUUUCACAUUCUGAAAUAAAUACCUUACAUCUC